AUGUUCAAUCUUCAAGCACCCGUCAUUCGCCAAUUCAUCCAGCACAUUGUAUCCCAAUUUCAAUCCUCAUCCAGCACAUAUGGUUACUACAGCAGUUCGCUUAAGCAAUCACCAUCGCUACCGCUGCACUCGGCUCAAGACACACAAGAUGACGACGAAGAAGACCACUUUCGAUACGCACCCAGCUCCAUCUAUUCAGCAGAUUCUUUUUGUGGUCAAUCAAUAACAACAACAAGCUCCGUGAGCAGCACUUUAGAUUCCGUGUUUGAAAAGACCUAUGUUUCAUUUCCUGACUUUACACCAUCCACCACUUCAAAUAGAGCCUUGUUUACGCGACCUGAGGUGAUGGCUGCAACCGCUACGCCCAUAUUCUACAACACUCCUCAUUCAAAGCCUAUCUGGAUAGCUUAA